AUGUACGCGCAGCUCAGGCUCCCCGCAAGGGGUACGAGGGCGCUUGCCCAGCGGCGAGUCACGCCGCCGCCUGUGGCGGCGGGCGCGGCGUCGGCGACGAUCAACGCCCCGCCGCGCAAGUCGUUCGUGCGCCGCCUCGUCUUCUGGACGACGUUCGGCGCGCUCGUGUUCUACCCGACCUCGGCGCUCAUCUCCACGCACAACGAGAAAUACCGCGACCUGUUCGUGCAAGUGCCUGGCGGCGAGUUCCUCGCGGACUACGCGGACGAGAACGGCUGGGAGAACUUUGGGCCGGGCACGCUCGCGCAGAUGGUGACCAAGCUGUCGAGCACGAGCAAGGACGACAUCCAAGCGAAGCUGGAGCAGGCGAAACGGGCGGCGGAGGCCAAGGCGCACGAGGCUGCGGCACUUGCGCGCUCGUCGGCAGCGGACGCGCAGAAGCGGAUGCACGACGCCGCGGAGGCGGCGCGCACCAAGGCCGGUGAGCUGACGAAGCAGGCGUCGGGCGCGGCGCACGACAUCCGCGAGAAGGCGGAGAAGGCCGCCGCCGAGGCCAAGGAGAAGGCGGAGCGCGCGUCGCACGUCGUCGCGGAGAGCGCGAAGGAGGCCGCGCAAGCCACCAAGGGCGUUGGCAAGGCGAUCGUGCAGGACACCAAGGAGGUGGCGGAGGUCGCGGCGGACAAGGCGAAGGAGGUGGCCAAGGACGCGGAGCGGGUGACGCAAGACGCCGUGUCGACCCACCGCUUCCCGGACACGGCUAAGCCGCGCCCACUCCGCCCCGAGACGGUGCAGCCGCAGACGCGCUCGUACGAGGGCCAGGAGCAGUACCCCGAGAAGCUGCCGAUCGGGUUCGAGCCGCCUCCCGGCUUCUACGUGCCGCCGCCGCCUCCGAAGCCGAAGAGCGAGGAGGGCAAGCUACCGCUGCUCGCGCCCAAGGUCAAGGACUUUGGGGUUGAGGAGCCGAUCAUCGGGCAGCUUGCGUCGACGAUCGACUCGCUCACCACGACGCUUGCGGGCGCGAAGGGCGCCCCGAGCGCGCAGGCCGCCGACAUCCUCGGCAAGGCGCAGGCGGACCUCUCGGCGCUCAACGCACGCCUUGACGACGUCAAGAAGACGGAGCAGGCGCGCCUGCAGAGCACGGUGGAUGCGAAGACGCGCGAGUUCGAAGCGCAGCUCGCGCGCAAGGAGCAGGAGUGGCUCGCGGGCGAGGACAAGCUCAAGACGACGUGGGAGGCGGAGCGGCAAAAGAUGGUCGACGGGUGGCGCGACGUGCUGGACGCCGAGCUCGCCGCGCAGCGGCAGCACAUCGAAGCGCGGCUCCGGGACGAAGUCGUGUCGCAGGGGAUUGAGCUGCAGCGGCGCUGGCUGCGCAGCAUCAAGUCGCAGGUCGAGACGGAGCGUGGGGGCCGGCUGGCCAAGCUCGACGCGCUGACGACGAGCUUGAAGCAGCUCGAGCGGAUCACGCUCGACAACAGCGCGGUGCUCGACGACAACGUCAAGCUGCACAAGAUCUGGUCGGCGCUGCGCGCCGUCCAAGCCAAGGCGGAGCGGGGCAACGUCGCGUUCGACGACGAAGUGCGUGUGCUGCGUGCGCUGUCGACGCCGACGGACCCCGACGGCGCAGACACGGACAGCGUGAUGCGCGCCGCGCUCGCGCACCUCGACGCGUCCGGCAUCCCGAGCACGGGCGUCAAGUCGUUCUCGGACCUCGCGGCGUGGUUCGCGGCGUCGGUCGCGCCGCGCAUCCACGAGGCCGCGCUCGUCCCGGCGCCCGAGGACGCGACCGUCGCGUCCCACCUCGCGUCGGCCGUGCUCUCCAAGAUCCUCUUCCGGCCAAAGGCCGGCCUCGUGGCCGGCACCGACGUCGGCGCCGUGCUUGCGCGCGCCGAGUACGCGCUCGGCGAGAAGGACCUCGACGCGGCGGCGCGCGAAGUCAACUCCCUUACGGGGUGGCCGCGCAAGCUCGCCGAAGACUGGCUCCGCGAGGCACGCCGCAAGCUCGAGGUCCAGCAGGCCCUUGAUGUGUUCGCCACCGAGGCGACGCUGUCGUCCCUCCUCAUGGUUUGAGUAGGGCAUGGCGGGUUAAGUAAAGUAGAGCAUGCAGAGUGCACAGCGCGGGGCGGCCGCAGCCGCCGCACAACGAGAGAUCAGAGGACAGAUUGCCAGUGUGUGGAUCAUGCUGGCCUCUCCGAGGACGGUUUGAGAGUCUCGGCGCCCGGACCAGGUGCGCCAGCGCUCGGCUUGGCGUGGUGGGCAUAGUCCAUGCGUGACAUGUUGAUCUGCUUCACUCAUACAGCUCGCUACUCACCCGCCAUCGCUGACAUGCUCACUCCUUGCGUUCGCGCAACCUCUCCCAUCCACUCUCACUGCUCGCCGCUGCUGGUCACAAUAUACAGACAUGGCAGACAGGUACGGGUAUAUACGCGAACGGAAG